CUGGGACCUGUUAUUGAUAAUUAUGAUGUGUUCAGAUGUGAUCGACCAAAGAAAUGUGGAGGAGGGGUUAUCCUGUUUGGGCAACGUAGGUUGUCUAUAUCCCUGAUACUUGCCGAAUCAGUUGUGGAUUCCUUUGAGGUUCUUUGUGCGGAUGUAAUGUGUAGAGGUUGCAACCUUAGGAUUAUUGUUUUGUACAGAGCCCCUUCUUGCAACAAGGAGAACUCUGAGUUACUUUUCAGAAUUCUUAGUGAUCUAGUAUCAUGCGAGAGGCAUAGUAUUAUUUUGGGUGACUUCAAUCUACCUGAGUUUUGCCAGGAAAGCGAAGCUCUUUCUAGAUCAUCUCUAGUAUCCUGCUUGAAGGAACUCAUCCAAUGUCAUAAUCUUGAGCAACACGUUAAUGAAGCCACCAGAGGGAUAGCAUACUUGAUUUAUGCACCGUUUUUGAUCAAAGGCUUGACUGUGGUCUCUCCGGUAGGAGUUAGUGAUCAUAAUAGCAUUUCGUUCAAUCUCAUGUUUCAACUACCCUGUCCCAGUUACACUUAUCGGCGUAUGUACUCCAGAUGUAACUUCAGUGAACUGAAUCGUAGUCUUGCACAAAUACACUGGGUUCCUUGCUCGAAUCUAGAGACAAUUUCUUUGUUCCUUGGAAGAGGGUCCCUUGUGUCAAAUCCAUCUAUCUUCCCAAACACUUGCAAAAUAUGUGGGAACACCGUGAAUGUUUGUUCAAUGAAGCUAAGGCGAUUGAAGAAAUGGGAUAAUACAAUAGCCUUCACAAAAAAAUUCUUCACCCAUCUCAAAAAGUACAAUAUCUAUCUGGAGAAAAAAAUUAUUGAGUCCGGGAAUGUCAGAUGUUUCUAUAGGUACCUAAGUAAAAGAAUUCAAGACAUACAGCGUAUCGGUUGCUUGCGAAAAGGGAAUAUCAUAGCAACAUCUCCCAUGGAUAAAGCCAACCUGUUAGCUGAACACUUCGAAAGCGUCUUCCAGGAAGAUGAUGGGAGACUCCCUGAUUUUGUCUUUCCUAAUGUUGAACCUAUGCAAGACUUUCCUUGGUUCAGCGCCUCUGCGCUGUACGAACUGAUCAUG